AUGUCAGCUAAACAUUUCGCCGGGCGUCUUCCGAACGCUUGGAGAAGAACAUUUCACACUUCUCGCUCGUUGAGGAAACCUAGUGGUGAAAAUGGGACCAGUGCCGAACGAGCGUGGACCAACCCGGCAUAUCAUCACACCAGGUGGAGCGGGCGCUCCGUGUUUGCUUUGACAGCCACCGCCAGCCUGUUAGGAUUCGGCCUUGCUUCUGCGACACUCCAAGGACCUCCUAAGCGUGUUGUCACGCUUUUUGAUAGCAAGACGCCAAUGCCUCAAUACGCAUCAUUAGAUGAGAUGGAGGACGCAUUAAAAGAGAUUCGCCGUGAGCUUGCCAAAAGUGGUGAGGAGGAAGACAUCAUAAGUACAGAUCCAGAAGACCUUCUGGCUCAUGGCUAUUCCGAAUGGUCGACAACGAAUCCGGAUGGCUUACCGGUUGCGGUCGUGUAUCCGCGUUCGACAGACCAGGUAUCGAUACUCGCGCGAAUUUGCUAUAAAUAUCGGGUACCUAUUAUCCCCUAUUCGGGAGGCUCUAGCUUGGAAGGGAACUUCUCGGCUCCUUUCGGCGGCAUCAGCGUUGAUUUCGCGUACAUGGACCAAAUUAUCCAGUUCAACAAAGAUGACAUGGAUAUUGUCGUCCAGCCAAGCAUUGGUUGGCAAGAUCUAAACGAUCAGCUAAGCAGAAUGGGUAGCGGUCUUUUCUUCCCUAUUGAUCCUGGCCCAAGCGCCAAGAUUGGUGGCAUGGUUGGUACCAAUUGUUCUGGCACAAAUGCAGUUAAAUACGGCACGAUGAAAGAUUGGGUCAUCAACUUAACCGUAGUAUUGGCAGACGGAACCGUCAUUAAGACGCGAAGACGUCCAAGGAAGAGUUCGGCAGGUUACAACCUCAACGGUUUGUUUGUCGGUUCCGAGGGAACUUUAGGCCUCGUCACCGAAGCUACUCUAAAGCUUGCCGUCGUCCCUGAAGAAUUCUCCGUGGCAGUGGUAACUUUCCCCACAAUCCGUGAUGCCGCUUCCGCAGCGGCGGAGGUCAUGCAGACCGGCGUCCCCAUCGCAGCUAUGGAAAUCAUGGAUGAGGUUCAAAUGAAGGUCGUCAAUUUAGGUGGAGCGACAGCGCCCCGGGUAUGGAAAGAAGAGCCGACGCUUUUCUUCAAAUUCUCUGGGACAAAGACCAGCGUAAAGGAAAACAUCACCCGCGUUCAAGCCAUCGCAAAAAACAAUAAGGGCAGCAAUUUCGAAUUCGCCAAGGAUCUCCGAGAGCAGAAGCUCCUGUGGUCAGCAAGGAAGGAAUCUUUAUGGUCAAUGCUGGCUCUGAGAAAAGAAGGCGAGGAAGUCUGGUCUACCGAUGUCGCAGUCCCGUUCAGCAGGUUAGCAGACAUCAUCGAAGUCAGCAAAAAGGAGAUGGACGAGCUAGGUCUAUUCGCCAGUAUUCUAGGCCACAUCGGGGACGGCAAUUUUCACGAGAGCAUUAUCUACAACCGGACGAAGAAGGAAGAACUCGAUAAAGUAGAGAAGUGCGUGAAGAACAUGGUCAAGAGAGCACUGGAUAUGGAGGGGACAUGUACGGGCGAGCAUUCUGUUGGCUGGGGCAAAAAGGACUCGCUCUUAUUAGAGGUUGGCCCAGACACGCUGGGUGUCAUGAAGCAGAUCAAGUCGGCGCUCGAUCCCCUGUGGAUUAUGAACCCGGGCAAGAUCAUGGACCUGCCUUGAUGACGCCUCCCCCUCCCCCCCCUCCCCCCCCUUUCCACCCAAUCUCUUGUGUGAGGGAGAAACGGUCUCACAAUUCGGCGCAUGAGAGGGAUAAGACAUGGAAGAAGAAGAAGUUUGCUAGCAUGUUUUGCAUAUGGGUUAUCGGAGAAAAAAGUUGCUUGUCCCUUUUUUUGGGUUUGAUUGGAUAGGUAGCGGGUAAACAGGAUCUUGCAUACCUCAUCAUGGGAUAGUAUCAAUAUGGCCUUUUAGAUAUCAUUGAAAAUUUAUUUAUGUAUUUCGUUUAGAUGGACUUCUUACUGGUUUCUAUCCAGGAUCUCCUCGGUGGGUUUGGGGUUUUACUUUAUCGAAUAAUAUCUUAAAAAGCGCACCACUCCUCGGUGCUCGAGAAAUUGGUCCCUAUGGUUUAUCUCGUAUAACUAAUCGUACUGUAUAUACUACAUAGGUAGAUAGCAAAUAAGUAUCCCCAUCUAAUUAUUAUAUACA